AAAACUAAAAACUAACAUACCUCUGAUUUUGGGCUUGAAAUGUUCUUUUAGAUUUAAAUUAAAUCUUUCUUACAAUAGUUCCCUUCAUUCAAUUACAUAUCUAGUGAGCUUUAAAUAACAUUUAAGGAAAAUAUGAUUUUAGAAUAUUUAUUUUCUGCGCAUAUUCAAGAUUGUGUCGAUAUUUUAUCAGAAAAUGAUAAUUUAACGUAUUACAGUAUAAAUAUAGAUUUUUUGAAGCUCUUUGAAUCAUUUCCUGAUAUUGGUGAUAAAGUAUUAUGUAGUCCAAUAGAUACUUUACCUGCUUGCAAUAGAGAUAUCAUUAAAGCGCAACAGAAUUUAAUAGAAAAAGAAGAAUAUAAAAACUUAAUUGUUAAGCUGAAGCAUUGCAGUCUGAAACGGAAUGUACAUGCAAGAUUUUUUGGAUUACCAGUGUGUCCUGAACUACAUCGGAUAAUCUUCCCAAAGAAUGUUGAUUUGGGAUGUUUUCUUAAGGUCAAUGGAACAAUUGUACGUGUGACACAAACAAAAAUGCUGGAAUAUCAAAGGAAAUAUGUCUGUAUGAAAUGUAAAUAUGAGAAUUUAGUAGAAGCAGAUUUUGAAAAUAGAUAUAUCUUAAAGGGUCCUACUAAGUGUGGUAACACGGAGAGUAGGUGUAAAUGUUCGACCUUUACACAAGUGAAUAUGGUAUCCAGAGAAUAUUGUAAGGAUUAUCAGGAAAUUAAAAUACAGGAGCAAGUAAACAAGCUCAGUAUUGGUACAAUUCCGGGCUCCAUGUGGGUUGUGUUAGAGGAUGAUUUAGUGGAUUCUUGUAAGCCUGGCGAUGAUGUGAUUAUUUGUGGUACAGUUCGACGCCGAUGGCGUCCAUCAACUCAGACUAAACGCUCCGAAGUUGAAUUGGUGUUACAUGCAAAUUACAUAGAAGUGAGCAAUGCACAAAGAUCGGAAGUUAUUGCUUCAGCCCCAGAUGUUAAGGAAUGUUUUGAUGAGUUCUGGGAUAAAUACAAACAUUGCCCUUUAAAGGGUAGAGAUAAAAUAUUGGCAUCUGUUUGCCCUCAGGUAUAUGGCCUGCACCUUGUGAAACUUGCACUACUCUUAACAGUAAUUACUGGGUCAAACAACAUUUUAGAAAAUGAUGAUGAAAAAAAGAACAUAUUAAAUGAUGUUAAACACAUGACCCGAGUUCGUGGACAAUGUCAUUUGUUGCUUGUAGGUGAUCCAGGUACGGGAAAAUCACAGCUGCUACGCGCGGGUACUGAGUUGACGCCCCGUUCAGUGUUUACCUCUGGUGCUGGCAGCACUCGGGCUGGUCUCACUUGUGCUGCUCUUAGAGAAGAUGGUGAGUGGCAGCUGGAAGCGGGUGCUUUAGUGUUGUCCGACGGCGGCGUGUGCUGUAUCGAUGAAAUAUCGCACUUGCGAGACCACGAUAGAACUGCGAUACACGAAGCUAUGGAACAACAGACUAUUUCUAUUGCUAAGGCCGGUAUAGUUUGUAAACUUAACACUAGAUGUGCCGUCAUUGCCGCUUGUAACCCAAAAGGAAAUUAUCAAACCGAUCAACCUUUGAGUGUUAAUGUUUCUCUCGGAACUCCACUGCUAAGUAGGUUUGAUUUAAUAUUCAUCUUAUUGGACUCAAAAAAUAAAAAUUGGGAUAAGCUGGUAUCAUCUUACAUAUUAUUCGGUGGCGCCAAUUCAUCUGAUUCUAAAAUGAGAUGGAGUAUGGAGAAACUUCAGAUGUACAUAGGAUUAAUUGGCCCAAGACAAAUGGAGAUGACAAAAUCAGCAAAUACUAUAUUGCAGCAUUAUUAUAUGAUGCAAAGGAAAUCAGAGUAUAGAGAUCCAUCUAGGACUACAGUUAGAAUGCUGGACAGUCUGGUCAGAUUAUCGCAAGCUCAUUGCCGAUUAAUGUACAGAAAAACAAUUUUAACUGUUGACGCAAUCAUGGCAGUAUCUCUAGUAGACAUAUCUAUGCAAGAUUGUACUUUACCUGACACAGUGGAUGCAUUACAUUCAACAUUUCAGAAAUAUCCAGACUAUGAGUAUCUGUGCAUGGCAAGAAAGCUAUUGACUCGUUUAAGUUUGGAAGAGAUUUGGCGAGAAGAAUUAUUAUAUUACGCAAAACUACUAGAAGUAGAUCACAAAACAUUAGAAAAUGAAAUAAUAAAUGGGAGUAAUGUACUUUUUGCUAAGUUUGAUGAUGUUGAAGAUAUUAAUGUGCCUCUAUCUGCCUCUGUAGUCACUAGUUCAUACUUUAAUAAUAAAAACGAGGAAGCAAUUUCCAAAUCAUGUGUUAAUGACGAAGAAAACACCAUCAAUAAAAAAUUAGCGAAAACGUUAAUGAAACAUUCUACCCUGAAUAAAAAUGAAAGAAAACCACCUGUUAUAGAAAAAAAGGCGACAACUAAACGAAAAAGAAAAGAAGUUACAGUUGAAACAAGUGCUCAAAUUUCAAAUAUAAAGAGAAUUAAAAGGAAAAAUACCAAACAGAAAAAGAGUGUUAAUUCUAAAGAUGAAUCUGGAAGUGAUAGUGAAGAUGUUGAUGUAAAUAAUAUGCUUAAAGCCAUUCCUAGUGUUAAUGAUAACUUUAAUGAACUAGGGAUAGAUUUUAAUUUUAGUUAUGGUAAUUUGGAAGCUCUUGAUGUAGAUAAUGUUACAAGUAAAUCAUUCAAUCAAGUUUCAUCCAAUAUAAAUGAAAAGCCAACAGAUAUAAAAAUUAAAAUCGAAAAGGAACACAUAGAAGAGUUUGAGAAGCAAAAUAAUGACAAUAUGAAAUGUAGUAUUACUGGUGACAUUGGGGAUAAGUCAAAUAAAUCAGAAAUUACACCUAAUAAGUUGAGCAGCAUAAAUAAACUUCAAAAAUUUACAUUUGCUGGCAAAUGUGAUAUCGAUAAAUUAUACGAAGCUAAUAUGAAGAAAGAAAUAGCAGACAAUGUUCAGAAGAAAAUAUCAGACGAAUCAUGCAAUAAAACUAAACUAGUGUCAAGUUCUCAAUUGUCAAUGUUUGAAAGUGAUUGUGAUAUAGAUUUAGAUAUAUAAAAUAAUUUUGUUAUUUAUGUGAAAAAUGAGAUGUGGUUAAUCAUUAUUUGCAGAUGGUUAUCAUGUUAAUAAAAUAAUGUUGCUGUGAGCAUUAGUAGGUGAAAUUAAAUUUAUAAAAUUCAAAGAAACUGUACUUCUUUCGGUACAAUCGUUAUCAGCAUAGAAUAAACAAUUAGUUCAUAGUAUGUCAAUAUGAUUGUUCAUAGAAUUUACAUUAUAAUAAAAAUUUAUGUGUACACGGUAUAUACUGUGUAUG